GCAGGUUUGAAUGAAGCGUAAUAGUCAACCACGUCAUUUUCAUGUGUUCCUGGAGACGGGGACGCGUGCGUUGAAUCAUUGUUUGACAACCCCUGCCGGGACCGCAAAUGGAGCAGGUUAAUUGGGUCCCUGCGUGACUAUAAAGGUAUGGCGAGGCUAUUUGUCUGCUCCAGAGCAAGCCCUUCUAUGCAGAUGCGGUCGUCUAUCCCCGACUACAGUCAGCUGUCCCCGGAGUACUGGAUCGUCACUCCAUCCUACAUGACGCGCAAUACAAGUUCCGUCCAGAAACUAAAAGGCAUCAACAGUACAGACAGUAAUCUACGGUACCGUCUUUGGUACGGACUAGAGCCAUACGCUCCUCUCUGGUAUAUCCAGGACAUGACCCAUUUGUCCCGGUCCGAUACGCAAUAUCUCCUCAUGCUGCAACGACACAUUGCACACGCGACGAGUCCGCCGGCUGCUCGGGUAUUAACAUCCAAUGGGUCAGAUUAAGCUCUUGGGCAACAGGAUACGCUGGCAAGCAAGACGCAUAUCUUUGGUGGGCGCAUGCGCGUCGGUAACUCGGUCAAUCUGGUGAGCGUGAUGUUUUCCAGGCGUCAUUGCUCU